CUUCCACAUGGACGAUCAUAUUCUUUAGUUACCGCACGUUUUUCUUCUUUCCUCCUCCAGACAGUGUCUUGGGCAGUAUGGCUUCUCAUAUCUUCUUCCUGUGUCUAACAUGGGUCUUCUGGACCGCAGGCGCUACAAGUAUAACUGUAGUUCUCGGUGGACAACUGAAUCGCAAGUUGGUACAUUUUCUUAUUACUCAUCGUUCUCCUUGGAUCUUUAUAGUGCCCAAAGCCUUUCCGUGUAUUGCGGUCAACUUAUCACGCUAGGUGUUUUUGCCUGGGUUAUUUUGGUUCUUGUAACUUUCGCAAUCUUUGUCGUGCACACCCGCGACAUUCUCGCAUCAAGUCGAGGUGACGGAGCACGUGAGCCACAGAUUGCUUGAUCAAACGGGCAGGUUGUCCCCCACUGUUGUGGUUAGAUCACCACGAACGCGAAACACCAUCCUUAGUU